AUGCCGGCGGGUCAUGGGUUGCGCAGUCGGACGAGGGACCUGUUCUCACGGGCUUUCAGGAAGAAGGGCUACAUCCCACUCUCCACCUACCUAAAGACCUACAGAACCGGCGACUACGUGGACGUGAAGGUAAACGGCGCCGUUCACAAGGGCAUGCCCCACAAGUUCUACCAUGGCCGCACCGGCCAAGUCUGGAACGUCACAAAGCGCGCGAUCGGCGUCGAGAUGAACAAGCAGGUCGGCAACAGGGUCAUCAAGAAGCGGAUUCACGUGAGGGUGGAGCAUGUUCAGCCGUCGAGGUGCGAGGAAGAGUUCAGAGCAAGAAUGGUUCGGAAUGACGAGCUGAAGGCGGAGGCAAAAGCUCGUGGGGUGAAGAUUAGCACCAAGAGGCAGCCUGAGGGGCCUAAGCCAGGCUUCAUUGUCGGCGGGGCUUCCAUUGAAACUGUCACUCCCAUUCCUUACGACGUCGUCAAUGACCUCAAGGGUGGCUACUGA